CCCACAAGCCCCAGUCUGACGCUGUCAGCCGGCGGGCAGCUCAGCAGUGCUGCAAUCACAUGAGCUUUGUUAGUGUAGCUCAGGAGCUGUAAUGUCCACUCGUACAGAAAGCCGAAGAAGACCAGCUAACACCGACCACGACAAUGAAGAGCUUUCAUGGGACCAUGGUAGUUUCAGAGCUUAUACUGGUGUUAGUGGUUAUCCCUCCGGCUCCUGUUGUGAACAUGUGUCUGGAAAUGAACAGCAAGUCAGUACCACUGACUGUCACCUGCAUUUGCCUUCCUGCCCUUACACACACAAACACACAAACAAAGGACAUAGCACACCCACAGCUAAUGAAACAUGGGAAGUAACCUGUGCUAAGACCACUAUAAGUGCCGAAAAUGAAGUGGAAGCACAAAAACUUGCCAAUAAUUACAAGUUUGGAUUCAGAAAAUGGAAAAGCCAUGUGACUGAACGACCCUUUGAGGACAGAUCAGACGUUGUGAAGGAGCUCUACUCAGAACUCAACGUCAUUAAACCAAACAUAGGCUCUUUAUGUACAUGUGGCAAUGUGUUGUAUAUAUUUUUAUUCGGUUGGUGGAUCUCUCUGGUGUACCUUCUCAUUGGUAUCAUGAUGUACAUCACCAUUAUUGGCGCUCCUCAUGGUCUUUUGUGCUUCAGACUGUCCUGUUACUUUCUGUGGCCAUUUGGAAAAAAAAUACAGAAGAUGAGUGGUCCACUCUCAAAUGUCACUGUGAAACUCCGCAAUGAUUUACUAGGUGAAGGGGAUGAAGGGAAGGCAGCCUCCCCCCUCCUGAGGCCCACCACAGCGGUGGAGGACAGGGAGGAAUCAUCCAGGCCUCCACGGCAGCUCUACUGGAAUCAUCUGAGUGUGUAUGUGUGGGUGCUGCUGGGAUACCCUCCUCUGGUUUUGGCUCAUGGCAUAUUGUGUAUACUCUCCUGGCUCUUGGUCGUCACUAUCCCUGUGGCCAAAAUGAGUAUCCGAACCCUGAGCAAUGUCUUGCUAAUGCCCCCUGAGCAAGUUCUCAUAAAUGAUGCCACUGGGGAAGGCGAAGGUCGAGCCAUUCUGUGUUGCUACCAUGCAGUGAAUAUCUACUACUACAAGUACACGGUUGAUGGAAUCAAUGUUUUUGCCGUCAAUCUCCUCCCUUUGGUCAUUGUUUCUCUGGUGAUUGGCUAUGUGGACCAGGGCAACCACUUUGUCAGUGCCGAGGUUAAGUUCACUACUGCAAUAGGUUCACUAAUCCCGUUGUCCUACUAUAUUGGAAUGGGCAUAGCCAGUAUAUCAGCUCAGAGUAACUUUGCAGUCGGUGCAGUGGUCAAUGCCUCGUUCGGCUCUAUCACCGAGCUUACCUUUUACAUCACGGCCUUGAUUAGGGGUCAUUACCAGGGCAACAACUGCCUACAGGACAUUGUGAAAGCAGCAUUGACCGGGACAUUGCUCGGAUGCAUUCUGUUCAUCCCGGGGAUCUGUAUGAUUAUCGGAGGGCUGAAACACAGGGAGCAGAGGUUUAAUAGCCGCUCAGCUGGAGUCAGCUCCUCUUUACUUUUCAUAUCUGUCGGGGGUGUGUUUGCUCCCACACUCUUCUCUAAAGCCUAUGGGAAUCUGGUGUGUACAAACUGCACUAACUCCACUGGGACCAACGGUAGGAAUUGGACUUUCACCUGUAGGAACUGCCACUACGACCUGAGCGAAAACAACUACAGCCUGUUUCAUAGCCAUAUAGAACCCCUGGUGUACACAGUGUCAGUUCUGCUGCCGGUGUCCUACAUCAUCGGCCUUCUGUUCACUCUGAAGACUCAUUCACACAUCUAUGACAUUCAUGUUGGUGAUGGAAGUGCAGCGGGUCAUCUAGGUGCAGUGGUGCACUGGUCUCGCUGGAGAGCUCUGCUCAUCAUGAUCAUCGCCACAGUGCUCAUGUCCGCCUGCGCUGACCUCAUCACAGAGCACAUCCAGCCCAUACUGAGCCACCCCAACAUCUCCCAGUACUUUAUAGGUGUGACAGUUUUGGCCAUGGUUCCUGAAAUACCAGAGAUAGUCAAUGGUAUACAGUUUGCUCUUCAGAAUAAUAUCAGCUUGAGUUUAGAGGUCGGGAGCUGCAUUGCUGUUCAGGUGUGCAUGAUUCAGAUCCCCAUACUGAUCCUGUUCAAUGUCUUUUACGAUGUUGGCUUUGUGCUCAUCUUCAGUGACCUGCAUCUGUGGGCCAGCAUCUUCAGCGUCAUCCUCGUCAACUACAUCUUCAUGGACGGAAAGUCUGAUUACUUUCAAGGUACGGCACUCGUGGUCGUGUAUCUCAUCCUGCUUGCUCUCUACUUCUUUGCUCCUUCGCCAGAAGGCUGUUAAUAAGAAGACUGCUCUCAUUUGCACCUCUCCUGUACUAAAUCAACAUUUAAAGUGCUCCUGCCUUAAUACAUCAUCACAUAUCUACAUUCUGAAUUGCUGCUGUCUGAUGCACAAAAUUAAUUACAAUGAAAAAUUACACACAGGUACAAUUAACCAUUUGUUUGCAUAAAUUGUUACUGGGGUUAUGUAGUGAGAUUUUGUUUCCUACAAUGCAUUGCACUGUGCUGGAUUAGCUGAUGGAAGUGUUCUGUAUGAUAGACAGUGAGGUUAUUGGCUCUCUCAGUAUGUUACAGUGUUCUGGAUUCUUGUCAGCAUCUGUGUCACUCAUUAAGCUUAGAUUUAAACAUGAGUGUCGUGUGUGUGUGAUCUGCAUUUCAUAAACAGAAAUUUCAAUACAGCACCAUGGACUUUAUUUAGAUAUGUGCAAAUCUGCUGCCAACAGCUCAUGGUACAGUUUUGUAAAACUGGUUAUUGGUUAAAAACUUCUGCACUUAAGACUGUUUAAGCAAUAUGAUGUUGACUCUUUGUGUGUUUUCUGUCUCAUGUGCAAGAGUGCUGGGAAACAAAUAUGCAUCUCUAUUUUAAAAUAUUUUAUCCUAUGUUAUUUAUUUUAUUUUUUAAAUGUUUUUUUAAAUCAUAGGCUAAUAUAUUCAACUAGUAAUGGUGACAAAUUGAAUAAUUAUUUUUGUCUUUUGGAAUUAAAUGAAAUUGAGUAUAAUAAAUUAAUAUC